UUCCAUCGUUCGCUCCCGCUGCUGAUCACAGGCCAUCCGAGCUGCUAAGGCUUUCAGAGCAGUGCUUGUAUACUAGACGUUCCUGGUGGAGUUGGCCAAACAACCAAACAAAACAAUAUUGGAUAUUGAUGAAACCUCAUCCUUUUCUGCCUGCGCGGUGCUGGACUGUACAAUUUGGAUCAGCGGGUCCCUGAUUGCAACACUUUUGGAAGUGUUUGAAGAUUUUUUUUAAAGAACAUGGAUGGCCACAAAUAUAGUUACUCAAGGGAAUUUUAUGAUCGUUAUGCCCAAGGCCAGGAAAAAUCUGUGGUCAACAAAAUGCAACAGAAAUAUUGGAAAACAAAACAAACUCUUAUCAAAGUCACGGGGAAGAAGGAGGAUGAACAUGUAGUGGCCUCGGAUGCAGAUUUGGAUGCAAAACUGGAGCUGUUCCAUUCAAUUCAGAGGACAUGCAUGGAUUUACUUAAAGCAAUCGAAUUAUAUCAAAAACGCAUUUGUUUUCUGUCUCAGGAAGAAAAUGAAUUAGGAAAAUUUCUCCGAUCUCAAGGUUCUCAGGAUAAAACCAGAGCAGGCAAAAUGAUGCAAGCUACAGGAAAGGCCCUCUGCUUUUCUUCUCAACAAAGGUUGGCAUUGCGCACUCCUUUGUGCAGAUUAUAUCAAGAAGUGGAAACAUUUAGGUAUAGAGCCAUUUCUGAUACAUGGUUAACGGUCAACCGAAUGGAGCAAUGCCGGACGGAAUACCGAGGAGCUCUGUUGUGGAUGAAAGAUGUGUCUCAAGAGCUGGAUCCUGAUCUUUACAAACAGAUGGAGAAAUUUAGGAAGGUCCAAGCACAAGUCCGACAUGCAAAACUCAACUUUGACAAACUGAAAACAGAUGUCUGUCAGAAAGUGGAUCUUCUUGGAGCAAGUAGAUGCAAUCUUCUCUCUCAUGUGCUGACAACAUACCAGACAACCCUUCUUCAUUUUUGGGAAAAAACAUCUCAUACCAUGGCAGCUAUCCAUGAAAGUUUCAAGGGUUAUCAGCCAUAUGAAUUCACAAUGUUGAAGAGCUUACAAGAACCUGUAAAUAAACUGAUGGAGAGUGAAGAAAAGGAGGCAGAACUGCAGCUAGAGAACACCAAAUUGGGAGAUGAGCAGCAGAGCCAGUUGAUUUCAUUAGAUGAUGAAAACCUCACCAAGGAAUCAGCUGACUCAGCAGACGAUAGUAAGGACAUCCUCAGUACUUUUGGGGAGAACCUCAACCACAGAGAAAAUUCAGGAGUAAUAGAUGACUUAUUAGAUCUGAAACCUGAUGAAAAUGCAUCAAAGGACCCAUUUGCAGACUCUUUAGAGCCCGAGGCUACUGAUAAGGAUGAUAUGGUGUUGCUGAAUGAGAUUCUCAAUGCUUCUUCUCUGGACGAUGGGGAAUUCAGCAGGGAAUGGACUGCUGUCUUUGGAGAGGAUCCACUCACUGAGGUAGCCACGAAUCCUUCUGCUGGAGAAGUGGAGAGCAACCAGUCGUCAUCAGGCUUCCUUCCUUCUCAGCUUUUAGACCAAAACAUGAAUGAUUUGCAGUCCUCUCUUCAAGGUUGGGCAGCCAGCAGCGUCAGCCCUUUGCCUGUACCCCAGACAGCACAGAAAUCUAGUAGCCUGAAUAUGAAUGUCAACAAGACACCUAUGAAAGAAACUGCAAGUUCUUCUAAAGAUCUAACUGCAUGGUUUAGCCUCUUUGCUGAUCUGGACCCCUUGUCCAACCCAGAUGCUGUUGGAAAAACAGAUAAAGAACAUGAAUUGCUAAAUGCAUGAAUUGUCUGCCUGUGGUAACUCUCACUUCAUCAUUCAUAAACACCAUUCUUGAGGUUUUAGAAAAUUUAAAACCAGGUCCAUGUGCUCUGUACAACUUCUCACAUCUGUGCCAUUCUAAUAAAAUCAAGGGAUUGACCCUCCCCUUUCGAUAAGUAAGUUAUUAGCUCUUGUUUUGUAUAAAAAGUUUGCACCUUCUCUUUUUUGUUUGUGAAUGUACUGAAUGAAGUGUUGAUUUUAGAGAGGAUCCUAGAUUAGUGUACUUGCUGUAACCUGGGUCUUGGCAGAAAGUUGUCGUGGCUGAUACAAGGGUGAAAUAUAAUUGAGAAACCUAUUUUUUUCUGUUUUUCUUUGUGUAAAUCAGAAAUCAAAAUCAUGUAAUCCAAAGGCUGCAUGAAUUGAUUGUAUAGGCAGUAGUAUGUUAUAUACUGCUGCAAUAUUAACAUAACUAAAUUUCUAUUGUUAGUACCCAUAGUGAACAAUCUAUAUAUUGGAACUAAUCGUUAGAGAAUUAUAUCUGAGAAUCUGCAAAUCUACUCUACUCACUCUCUAAUUUUAAAUUGUUAGGCAAAUGGCACUGCCCAGACUACAUCUUUGUAGUGUGUUCUUUUGCACCAGCAGUUUCUGCUAUUAAGAGACCAGGUCGUAUUGACUUUGCCAACCAUGCAUUUGCAGUAAUCGCGGUUUCCGUACAAAGCAUUGUUCAUCACAGCUGGUUUCACACCCACAUGUUCUUGAGCCUAUUGUGACACUCUUCUUUAAUAAAGAUGGUUUUGACAAAAA